AUGAAAAUCUUGUUUUGUUUAUUAUUAUUUAUUCUUUAUAAUGGUUUGGGAAAUUGUGCUCCACCAUAUUUUCCGCCUCAAAUUGUAUUUUCUUUUGGUAUUGAUCAACAAAUAAUGGCAAUCGAUGAAAUAAAUCAACGAGCUUAUGUAGCAUACCGUUUGAAUCCUCCAUUGAGAGCAACCGCCUUUGUGAUGAAAAAUUUUCCAUAUGCAAUUCCUGAUUCUCCCGAAUCAAAAUCUUAUGUACAAUUAUAUGAACUAUUUCCAAUGAAUUCAUGUAUGUAUAUGACAUAUUGGAAAUAUGGUGGAAGUGAAUUGAAUUGGUUUCCAUCACAUUGGAAUAAUGGAACUUCAUUUGAAAUAAAAAAUUAUAUGAAUUUUACAUCUGAAAUGAUACAUUCAAAUGAUUCUUCUUUAGAUGAAGAUUAUUGGUAUUCAAAUGUAAGAUGUCAAACUGAUAGUGGACAAACUUAUCCAUGUCAAGAAAUUUAUUUUAAAAAAAAUACUGAUAUUCCUCUUCGAUUACUUGAAGUUCGUCGUACAGACUGGAGAGUUAUUCAAGUAACAAUAGAUUUUACAGUUAUAUCAAUCGGAAAACCAGAUGACAAAUACUUUAAUUCAA